AAAAGAAAAGAAUGUAAGCGACAAAAUUAAAAAAGUCGUAGACAGAAAAGAAAAGAAUGUAAGCGACAAAAGUAAAAAAGUCGUACACAAAGAAGAAAGGAAUGUAAGCAACAAAAGUAAAGAAGUCAUAGACGGAAAAAAAAAGAGUGUAAAAUACAAAAGUAAAAAAGUCAGCUUUGGAAAAGAAAAGAAUGUAAGAGACAAAAGUAAAAAAGUCAGCUUCGGAAAAGAAAAGAAUGUAAGAGACAAAAGUAAAAAUGUCAGCUUCGGAAAAGAAAAGAAUAUAAUGUGCGAAAGAAAAAUAGUCAGCUUCGGAAAAGAAAGGAAUAUAAUAUACAAAAGUAACAAAGUCAUCUUGGUAAAAGAAAAGAAUGUAAGUGACAAAAGUGAAAAAGUCCUAGACCUAAAAGAAAUGAAUGUAAGUGACAAAAGUGAAAAAGUCCUAGACGUAAAAGAAAUGAAUGUAAGCGACAAAAGUAAAAGGCAACGUACUACUAGUGCUUCUUUGUUUCCAAAACUUGGGUGUGAUGCUGAUAUUCAUAAGAUGUUCACAUUGUAUACAUGGGAUGCUCUGAAGAAGAGGAAAAAGUCAUCAAAAGUAAAAGCUAAGAAUAAAAGAAGAUGUGACUCAGCUGAAAAAGAGAAUAAAAGUGGACUUGACACAGCUGAAAAAGAGAUCACAAGUGUUCCUGGGUCAUCUGAAAAACCGCUUAAGAGUUGCAUAAGAUCUGAAUCUCCAGAUAAGAAACAGAAUAAAAGUGGACUUGACACAGCUCAAAAAGAGGAUAAAAGUGGACUUGACGCAGCUGAAAAAGAGAUCACAAGUGUUCCUGGGUCAUCUAAAAAACCGGGCAAAAGUGUCCAUUGGUCAGCUGACACACAGAAAAGGAAAAGGAAAAGCGAAGGUUCCGAUUCUUCAUCUAAGAAACAGAAAAGAAAUAGCGAAAGUUCUGAUUCUCCAGAUAACAAACAGCUUAAGAGUUGUAUAAGAUCUGAUUCUCCAGAUACAAAACAGGACAAAAGUGUCCAUUGGUCAGCUGACACACAGGAUAAAAUUGGCCUUCUCUCAAGAAAAAAACUGAAAAGCAAAAGCAAAAGUUCUGACUCUUCAUCUAAGAAACAGAAAAGAAAAAGCAAAAGCUCAUUGAGACCAGGAUACAAUAUCGGCGUCUGGAGUUCUGAUUCUCCAGAUAAGAAACAGGGCAAAACUGUCCAUCGGUUAGCUGAAACACAGAUCACAAGUGUUCCUGGGUCAUCUAAAAAACCGGAUAAAAUUGGCCUUCACUCAAGAAAAAAACUGAUUAAGAGUGGCAAAAGCUCUGUCUCUUCAUCUAAGAAACAUAUAUUUUUUAAAAAAUAUGCUGUUGGUGAGGAUGACUUCAAUACAUUUGAUAAAGCUGAUGUAUUUUCAAUUGAAGAAGUUGAUUUUUCUAUAAUGCAAAGCAAAGUGUGCGACUUUCAUUGUGUGGAUGAAGAAUCAAAGCCAUCUAUUGGAAGAGGCCACUAUUAUGAGUUCGACUUUAGUCCUACAAUCGACAUAUCAAGUUUAUAUGAAGAUUCAAGAGCGGAAAGACCAAGUUUCACCAAAGGCCAAAGAAAGGCCAAGAAAGCCUUGGCUAACUUAAUUGGUGAUUGGACCUCCUUAUUAGAAGAAACUGAAGAUGAAGAUGAUUACAACACAAUGUCUCUUUUUUCAGUUCCUAAAGUAAACAGAUGCAAAAGAAAAGUAAACAGAUGCAAAAGAAAAGUAAACAGAUGCAAAAGAAAAGUAAACAGAAGCAAAAGAAAAGUAAACAGACUCAAAAGAAAAGUAAACAGACGCAAAAGAAAAGAAAACAGACGCAAAAGAAAAGAAAAGAGUCCAAAACAAAUGAGACAUAAAAAAAGAAAAGAGACAAGAGAACAUAUAGCAAUUGUAUGUAGAACAGAAGUAGAUGAGAGCAACAUGCAUGAGAGAGAAGAAAUCGAACAUGAUGUUGUGAUAUCAGACGUUGCAGAAUUUAUAAAGCUUUCCGAAAAACUUCAGAAAUAUAUCUCCAGUGUACCAAUACCUGAGGAUUUUGAUGAGGGAGAAUUCUUCAUUUCUUGCAUAGAGAAAUUAUUGGAAAUAAAAUCCGAAUAUGACAAGAAGAAAUCUGCAGAUUUAUUGAGCGAGCUUUUACAGGAAGAAAACUCUAAUGAUUCAAAUGCAAAUAAGAACUCAUACCCAGACUCCAGUGAUAUUAUUCCAGAAGUAGAAAACUGUAAUUUAAUUGCAAAUGAGAACUCAUCAUACCCAGAGUGUAUUAAGGUGGUUCAAGAGGAAGAAAACUCUAAUGAUUUAAAUGCAGAGGAUAACUCUAUAUACAACCAAAUAUACAUUGAUAUUAGUUCAGAAGUAGAAAACUGUAAUUUAAUUGCAAAUGAGAACUCAUCAUACCCAGAGUGUAUUAAGGUGGUUCAAGAGGAAGAAAACUCUAAUGAUUUAAAUGCAGAGGAUAACUCUAUAUACAACCAAAUAUACAUUGAUAUUAGUUCAGAAGAAGAAAACUCUAAUGGUUUAAAUGCAAAGGAUAACUCUAUAUGCAACCAAAUAUACAGUGAUAUUAGUUCAGAAGAAGAAAACUCUAAUGGUUUAAAUGCAAAGGAUAACUCUAUAUGCAACCAAAUAUACAGUGAUAUUAGUUCAGAAGAAGAAAACUCUAAUGAUUUAAAUACAAAAAAGAAAUCAUUAUACAUCCCAGAAUGCAGUGAUAUUAGUUCCGAAGAAGAAAACUCUAAUGAUUUAAAUACAAAAAAGAAAUCAUUAUACAUCCCAGAAUGCAGUGAUAUUAGUUCAGAAGAAGAAAACUCUAAUGAUUUAAAUACAAAAAACAAAUCAUUAUACAUCCCAAUAUGCAGUGAUAUUUUUCCAGAAGAAGAAAGCUGUAAUGAUUCAAACGCAAAUACGAACUCAUACCCAGACUCUAGUGAUAUUUUUCCUGAAGUUGAAAAUUAUAAUGCAUCAAAAUCAAAUGAGAACUCAUCAUACCCAGAAUUCAUUGAUGUUAUUCGAGAGAUGUUUAAUGUUGCAAUGAAAAAAGCUUAUGAAUCUGCUCUUGAUGUCUGCAAGGAUCACAUUGAGGGUGGGGAAGUUGCAAACACUGAUUUGAACAUUUUUCUUGAAGAAAUUAUUAGUUCUUGUGAUGAUUACUUUUUAUUUUUCUUAAAAUCUAUUAUGACUGAUUCACUUGCUUGUGAUAGUUUGUUCAAAGCAGUUGUAAAACAUCUGAAGAGAAAUAUGUCAUUAUUUAACAGAUUUCAUCCAUUUUUGUCACUAAUUGUGUUCUCAAAUUACCCGAGAAGUAAUUGUUUAAUGUUAUGCAAGUUUUUAAAACUUUGCAAGGUAAUAUUUUCUGUAACCUUAGAUUGUAGUUACUCUUUACCAUAUUUGGAAAACCUGAAAAAUUUCUUAAUGUUUACUAUGGUUGAAGUGUAUCACAAUAAUGACGUAAACCGAAUAACCUAUAUGCUUCGAAGAAAAGCAGCCAAGUUUUAUUGUAAAAUAAUUUCAAAGUAUUUUCCUAAAGAGAAACAAAAUGUUAUUUCGUACUUGAAAAAAAUUUUACUGAAUAAAAGAAGCAAAUUUUGCGCUCUGUUUGGAGCUUUGUGCGCCAUUCGGGCUAUGGGCCCAUUGGUUGAAAUUGAUGUAAUUCCCGAAAUAUUUCCAUCCAUCGUUAUGAGGUUAAGGUCUGUAAAACGUUUUAACAAAAAGAGAUUUAAAAUCUUCCCAGUAAAAGAAUGCAAAAUAGUUAAUAGUUUUGAAUUAUUUUCACCCACUCCAUCGGAACUCAGUUCUGAAGUAAAAGUUAUUCAUUCUGAAACUAAAGUUAUUCAUUUUACUCUAUCUGAAUCUAUUACUGAAAGAAAAACUCCCCCCUAUUCUCAACUAAUACCUGAAAUUCAAUCUGCUCCUAAUUUUGAAAAUAUGCCGAAAAUUGGUUGUAGACCUUCAACUUCAAAAGAAGCCAACACAUUAGACUCAAUUGAAGAUAUGGAAAUUGAUUGUAUACCUUCAACUUCAAAAGAAGCCGACACAUUUGGCUCAAUUGAAGAUAUUAUGGAAAUUUAUUGUAGACCUUCAACUUCAAAAGAAGCCAACACAUUAAACUUAAUUGAAAAUAUGGAAAUUGAUUGUAUACCUUCAACUUCAAAAGAAGCCAACACAUUAAACUCAAUUGAAAAUAUGGAAAUUGAUUGUAUACCUUCAACUUCAAAAGAAGCCGACACAUUUGGCUCAAUUGUAGAUAUUAGGGGAAUUUAUUGUCAACCUUCAACUUCAAAACAAGCAGACACAUUAGGCUCAAGAAGAGGAAAGCACAGAAGAAGAAGAAGAACAUUCCAUUCAGAACCAGGAGUACAGGAGCUUACAUUAUAUAAACAAAUACCUCAAUCAUGCAAUGCUACUCAAGAUAAAAGUGAAAUAUCUAAAAAGAGGUUUGAUACUAUAAUACCAUCUGAAAAUAAAUUUGCUUCUUUAAUAAAACAAGAAUUACUCAAUGCCUGUGCUGCGCUUACUCAUAAAUAUGUAAAGAAUCUAGUAUCUGUGAAAGAAAGAAGAGCUUUGCCUUUUACCUGCAAUUCAGUUUCUUCUGAUGCUGUUAAAAUGUUUUUAGAUUAUUUUGGCCAGGAAUUGAGGGAUCUUAUUCCCUCUAAGUAUGCUUUUAAAACUUUUCCUCAGCAUAGUGAUGUAUUUAUAAAAAAAAUGAUGAUUGAUUUAAAGUGCAGAGAAAAUUUAAGGUUUUUGAUUUAUUAAUGUAAAAAUAUAAGAAAAAUAAUUAAAAUUCAUCAGUUUACUCAUAUUACGCUUAACAUCCGUAAUCCAUUCAUGAAACACAUUGAUAAUGAUAAUGUUUGUUAUAUUUCAAGAUUCCGAGCCAUGUACAGUGCGCCAAAAAAAGAACCACCCUGAAUAACUUUGAUUUAAUGAUCCGAUUGUCAGGCUCUAGGAAUCAUUCUUAAUGGCUCGAGAAGAUGACCUCAAAUAUAAUUAUAUUCGCUAUUUUAAGUUACAAAAUCAGACACAAAAUAAUAUCAUCGGUAUAAUCAGAAUAAAUGUACCUUUUUUUGGACGAAUUCGGAUUUCUUACCCCUUAAAUAUAAGAGGUAGCCGCAAUCUGGGAAAUAUUAUCCCAAUAGAAUGUUCAAGAAAUAGCUCCAAAGUUUAGACCUCUUAGUGUUCAUUAUACUUUUUGCGUGUUUGCUAUAUCUCGAGAACUUUUUAAGCAAUUUGAAAAUUUUUUGCACAAUAGAAAUUUGUGUAUCCCAAGAAUUUUUUGCAAAAAAUAACUUUUAGUAAAUAUUCAUUAUAUUUUUAUUAUUUUAUUUAAUAAUGGCAAAAAAAAUUGAAAUUAUCUCUUCUUAAACGAAUUUCAUAAUUUUCUGUAAAACUUUUUCAAUUUGUUUAAAAUAUUCUCAAGAUAUAGCGAAAUACGCAUAAAGUAAAAUUAACAUUAAGGGGUCCAAACUUUGGAGCGCUCUUCUGAUCAAACUACCUGUACCAUAUUUCCCAGAAUGCAGCUACCCCCUAUAUUUUGGGGGUCAGAAAUCCAAAAAUCUGACAAAAAAAGGUAUGUUUGUUCAGAGAAAGUGCGUUUUUGUGCUUGAUUUCAUAACUUAAAAUAUCGUCUUCACUUAUUAAUUUUUAUAUUUGAGGUCACCCCCUCGAGAAUAUGACGAUCUGAUCAUUAGAUCAAAAGUUAUUCUGAGUGGUCUGUUUUUUUCUGCUCACUGUACAAAGGUUUGUUAUUACAAGUUACUUCAAAUUGUAAAAAAUAAAAGGGUUUUGAUUCUAUAUUUUGUUUGUUUUCAAUAUGAAAAGUGAAGUUAGUUGUCAUAAAGUUAAUUUCUCAUAUUCCAUAUAUUUGCUUAUAAGUCUGCAAGUAUAUAGUUUGUCUAUAGAAAGAACUCCUUGUCUCUACUCCUAAGAUAAGCUGUUACUAUCGAAACGAGAAAUACUGCAUUUCUAAGAGGGGGACUUCCCUUUGUCUCUCUUGACUCCGUUUCUCUAGCAGACUCGGGCCAAAACUAAUCUAAAAUAUUUUCUUAACACCUUUACUUGAAAUUGUUAAACUUUGUAACUAUAAUCACCGACACAGUUCCAGAUUAAUGGUAAGAGAGUUCUUUCCAUGGACAAACUAUAUGGGCCUUGAUCAUGUAAUUCACUAGAUAUGAAUAAAUGUUAUGUUUGAAUGUGUUA